AUGUUUAAUUCAGUUUAUCCAGCUCUUGAAGAAUUAAAACAACCUUUAUCAUCAGAUCAAUUACGUAUAUUGAAAAAUCAAUUAGAUUCUGAAAAUCCACAAACCUCACAAACUAAAUUUAAUUAUGCUUGGGGUUUAAUUAAAUCAAAUAAUCAUAAAUAUCAACAAAAUGGUAUUGCAAUAUUAAUUGAAUUACAUAAAUUAGAACCAACAAUGCAAAGAGAAAUAUUAUACUAUUUAUCAUUAGGCUCUUUUAAAUUAGGUGAUUAUUCAAAUGCAAAAAGAUACAUUGAAACUUUAAUUAAAAGAGAACCCGAUAAUUUACAAGCAAAACAUUUAUUAAAUGAGAUAAAUGAUAAAAUUACUCAAGAUGGUUUAAUGGGAUUAGGUAUAACUGCUGGUGCAAUAGCAGUCGGAAUUGGUAUUGUAACUGCUUUUAUGACAAAGAAGAGAAAAUAA